GGGGCGAGAGGAAAGCGAGGAACUGUUCAUUUCCCACGAGGCACUUCGCGUCACUAGGCUGCGUUCAACGAUUCAAAAUGGCUGGGAACAGUCAGCAAAGCAUGGAAACAGGCUCUAUUUCUAGUCGUGUAGAUGUCGACAAUCCGCCUUUCUCUCGUAUCUUUAUAGUCUGUAGUAAGAAGCACACGUCAGAUGACAUGAAGGCUGCAUUUGAGCAGUUUGGGGGCAUCGAGGAUAUCUGGGUUGUCAAAGACAAGCACACGAAGGAAAACCGCGGCGUAUGUUACAUCAAGUUUGCGAAAGCGUCCUCCGCCGCUAGAGCUUGCGAAGAAAUGGAUGGAAAGGUGAUUGGGGAAGAUCCAAAGCCCAUUAAGGCAAUGAUUGCCCAGUCUAAGGUUUCAGGCUCCAAAACAGAUUUUCAUGAUGAAACAGCACUCACCCGUCUAUUCAUUAUCUGCCCCAAAGAAUAUUCAGAGGAUAACUUGCGCCAGAAGUUCCAAGGCUUUGGGGAGAUAGAGUAUGUUCAGGUAGUACGUGAUCACAAAACUGGUGAAAACAAGGGAUUUGGUUACGUGAAGUUUAAAAAGUCGUCGUCAGCAGCUGUUGCCCUUGAAAACUGUGACAAAACCCUUAAGGCCGUCUGGGCAGAACCCAAGUCAGCCAAAAUUGCUCGGAAUGCAGCUGCAGCAGCUGCAGCAAUGCAGUCCACAUUGAUCCCACACAAUCCUUUCUUAGAGGCAAGCAACUACCCACCUACUGCUACACCCUCAGUCAACAUGAAUGCAAAUGCUUCAGCCUCCCUACAGGGGGUUGUAGAUUACUAUAGUGGGCAAAACCCCGUGGCAGCCGUAGCAGAAUCAAUAACAACAUCGCAUACCCCCACGCGACUGUUUGUCAAGGUCUCCCCGAUGAUAGGACCGGAACAGCUGUCACGCUUGUUUGACAUCAUCCCUGGUAUGCAAAUGUGCGAUUUAAAGCGGAACUUUAACACUGGGGAAUCAAAGGGGUUUGCGUAUGUCACAUACAACUCUGUAGGGUCUGCAAUAUAUGCCAAAGAAAAGCUCAAUGGGUUUGAAUACCCCCUGGGUUCAAAGCUUGUGGUAAAGUAUGCGGAAGAUCCCCCAGGGAUGCGCAACAAUGGCACAGGACAGGGCAGUGAUGCAACUUUUCAGGUUCAGUCAUAUGGUUCUAAGUCGUCAUUAACAGGUGGUUCCUUCGCCGUGGACUCAACUGCUGUUUACACGUCAGCAGCCCUCCCAGCACCAUCUCCUUUGGCAGAUGCAAACUCUGAGGUGGCAUCAAGGCUGUUUAUAGUUUGCCAGCCAGCACCGCCACCAGAGAACGCACUAAAAGAUGUCUUCAGCAGGUUCGGAAACCUGAUUGACGUGUGGAUGAUGAAGGAUCGUAACUUUGGUUACGCCAAGUUUGCAAGCAAGGAGUCCGCUGAUGCAGCUAUAGAAGGUAUACACGGCCAUGAAGUGCUGGGGAUGAAGCUUAAGGUGAUGCAUGCCGACCCACCAAAGUCAGAAGCUUCCAGAAAACGCCCACGCACAUGAUGACCCCCCCUGAAUUAUUAAUGGAACCACAUUGCCACUGUAGCAUGGAUUGAUGUAUAAAAGGUAAAGUACAAACAGUUUCACAUUUAUUUCUCAUACAAGACACCUGCUAAAAGUUUGGGAACAGACUAGAUUACAAGCUUUUCCUCAUAUGCAAGCACACACGCUCGACUGCUACAAGGGCUGCUACACCUACCUGACGCUAGGAGAAAUAUGGGACUUGUGGACUGGACAUGGACUACACUUGACUGCACGUCACAAAAUAUGUGGAACUUAUGGACAGAACAUCACUGGCAACACAGCACUUACAGACUGCGUCAGGAGAGAUAUGCCUCUCGUGGACUGUAAUGUACAUCAAGACUUGUGGACUGAACCUCACAGAGGAUUUAGGACUUCAGGACGUAACUUCACAGGAAAUGUCAUGGGACUUGUGACUGAACUUCCUACGUUUAAGAGAUACCAGUCUUACGGCUUAACAUUACGUCACACGAGACGUACAGUGUUACAGGGCGUGUGCAUGUACUUUUAGUUGUUGUGGAAAAGCAGGCAAUCAAGGAUGACCCUAACACUUAAACUUUGAACUUUAGCGUGAAAAGAACUAUUGUCUUAUAUUAAUUAACAUAUUUUAUGAUUUUAACUCCAUGGUAGAUUGCUCGGCUCUUGAUAGUGCAGUUUAGUCACAGACAGCAAGCUUUGUUGGGUCUUAGCAUAGGUUUUCAAUGUCAGGUUGUUUUACUACACAGUGGGUACUUUAAUUUGUAACAAGUCCUUUGUGGCCUCCAUCCAUGCAGUUUUAAAAUAUAUUCAACUCAGUGGCUGCUUACAUUUAAUCAACCGCAAUUCGUUCAAGUUGUCACAGGAUUCAGGUUUCUCUUGUAUAGUUCGUUGCCUCUGUGAUGUUGAAAUCUGGUCCUGAAACAUGCGCCUCCAAUGUGAUUUUAGUGCAGCCAUUUUACCGCUUGUUUUUCUCAGUUCUUUUGCAACAAACUAUCAGCUAUAAGGGAAAGUAGCCAUUGCUCUUUGUUUGUCUUUAUAUGAACAUUUACUAAUGGAUAAAAAUUAAGUAGUGUUAUAUUUAAAAUCGGGAGAAUUGACAGACUGGGGUGUCAAUGAAUGCCCAUGUUGAUUUCUUUCUCAUAAAUUAUAUAAUGCCUGCAAAGGUCCAGUACUGUGGCAAUUGAUUAAUUUUGUAAUGAUUGGAAAAGCAUCUUAAAUGGAUCUUGGUCUUGCAUUUUAGCUCUCUGUUUUUCAUUACAUGCAGGUUAGGUUUUGUAGUAAGAGUAUCAAAAUAAUGUAGGUUGUGUUAGUUCUUCAAGGGAGUAUAAAGUUAACAUAGUGAUUUUUUUGUGCCUCGUAGUGCUCAUUUUGGUGAGGAUAUUGUCAAGUUUUAGUAAUAUUUUAACUCCCUUUUCUUACAUCACGUUGCUGAAAGUUAUCUUAAUAUUAUUAUAUUUAAAACAAGGCUGAUUUGUAAUUCAGUAGAUGAAAGCUUUGUGAUGUGUCUUGCAAGAUUUGUUAUCUGGAAGUUGUUGGAUGAUUUUGAUGAAAGGAAAAGUCACUAUAAUUGAUUUUCUAGAGUGAAUUACAAUGUAAGAAACAUGUCACACGUUAUAUCUCACAACUUGUAGCAUUGUAGCUUUAAAAAAAAGCUGUGAACGAUUUUUUUAGGGUACAAAAAAUCUCUUAGGGAUAUUUACCAGUUCUAAAGGUAUACGAGUUGCUUUUUUGAAAGUUGAAGUUCUUGUCAUGUAAUCUGUUAUUUGCAGGGGGAGACCGUGUGAUGAGCAAAAAUACCUGUAUAGAUUAUGCAAGUAUGUAAUUGGAAAAAUAGUUCCACAGAAACAUUCUGUUGUAAUGUCGAGAGGAAUGAAAAAGGGAAAAAAGUCAGUUACAUUUUCCCAAACCUUGCCCCCAGCUAGCGUUUUAGGCUAAAUUAUCAUCAAAUCAGUUGUAAUUAAUCCUAAAAUGGUAAUUGGCUGACGACAAAGGGGAAGAAAGCAGUUUGUAAAGAUUAAGACGAGAUGCAAACCAUUUGCAAUGACGUUCUUUCCUGAAUAAUAUACACAGAGAAGAUAAGUUGAUUUGCGACAUUGAAAUCAUUUGCCGUUGUGACCUUACGAAGUAUAUUUUACGUUGUAGCAAAUGAACAUAUUAAACUCUGUUUGAAUUCCA